AUGAAUCCUGGCUCCAGUGGAGCGGCAGCAGUUUCCAGUGGGGGUUCUGCAUCAGCAGGACCGAUAACUAUACAACAUCAAGCUCCUGCAACAAAUCCAAACACCUCGGCUCGGAUCCCUACUGGUUACAGAAGAGACGCACAUGCUAGUUCAUUGGCACUCGUAAAGAAAUAUGCUGACUCGGUGUCAGUUGCUCUGCGGAAAUUGCGAAAAGAAGCCAAAAAUUUUUUCUUUGAGGUCUACAUGGAGGAUCGUGUCAAAACUGAUCUCAAAAGGUUGACAUACUUUAAUAGGUUGGUUUUAUAA